AUGGACACCACACAUCUAAAAUCGACGGAAAAAGAUGACAACAACGACAAUAAUUCUAUUUCAUCAUUAAAUGAAGAGUCUUCUUCCUCUUCUAUUUCUAAUAAAGCGGAGGAUGAUAAUAAACUUUUGAACAAGACAGACAAAACAAAUGGGAAAAAUGAGAAAAUGGUGAAGAAUGAAAAUGAGGGCAAUUUAAGGGAAGAUAAGAUUGAUUUUCAACCUAAUACAACGAAAAGGCCAACAGAAAUGGAUAAUAAUUUAAAUGCUUCUUCUCCAUUAUUGGAUAGAAAUCAAUCGCAAAAAUCAUUCAAAAAAUAUUUAAAUCCUUCACCACUACCAACAACAACAAUAAUUCCAACACCUACAAAUUCUUCAAUUAAUUCUUCCAUCGAUUCUUCUCAACAUUCUGAUUGGCGUUCUUUAUAUAUUUGUACAUUUUUGACUUUUUGUUCUGCUGUGCAAUUUUCUCUUUAUUUUUCUUCUAUGCGGCAAUAUUUACAAAUUAUGGAUUCUUCCGCCUCAGAAAAUUUUUACGGGUAUAUUGUUGCUAGUUAUUCACUUGGUCAAAUGAUUGCUUCCCCUAUUGUUGGUUAUUUAUCUAAUAGACUAAAAAAGAUUCGUCAUUUAUUGUAUAUUGGCAUUUUUCUUGCAUUUUUGGGAAAUGCCUUGUAUUUGUGUGUGCAUUUAUUCCCUAUUGAAGAGCGUAAAUAUGCGCUACUUAUUGGACGUUUUGUGACGGGGAUUGGCUCAACAAGCAAUAAUGUCUCUUCUAGCGUUUUUAAUUUAUGUUGGCUUCAUUAUUUAAUGGCUCGCGAAGCAACUAAAAAAGAACUUCCACCUGUUAUUUUGCUUACUAUGGACUUGUCUUUUUCUGGUUCGACAGCAAAUCGUUUGCCUGUUAAAGCUUUUACUAUGCGUGAUGGUGCUUUUUGCCCUCUAAAUGUGGAAAUGGAUGCUUUUUUGGGGGAGGCUGUUGCUCUCAAUUUUAUUACGAUGGACUCUUCCGCCUCAGAAAAUUUUUACGGGUAUAUUGUUGCUAGUUAUUCACUUGGUCAAAUGAUUGCUUCCCCUAUUGUUGGUUAUUUAUCUAAUAGACUAAAAAAGAUUCGUCAUUUAUUGUAUAUUGGCAUUUUUCUUGCAUUUUUAGGAAAUGCUUUGUAUUUGUGUGUUCAUCUAUUUCCUAUUGAAGAGCGUAAAUAUGCGUUGCUUAUUGGACGUUUUGUGACGGGGAUUGGCUCAAGUAACAUAAGUUUGUUGAAAGCAUAUGCUUCUAGCGCCAGCACCCAACGCGAUCGUUCACGUGCUAUUGCGUUGGUAACUGGUGGUGUGGCUUUGGGUAUGACUAUGGGGCCAGCUUUUCAACUACUUUUUACUCCAAUUGGUUACCCUGGCCCAAAUAUUUUUAUUUCUGGUUUAAUGCUUUCAAUGUACACUGCCCCAGCAUUAAUGGCUUGUAUAAUGAAUGCAGUUAAUGCUUUUUGUAUUUUUACCUAUUUUCGUGAAGUUUAUGCUGGAGUAAUGAGUUCGAGAAGUCAAAUUAAUCGUAAUGAACCAGCUUUACCAAAAAUUGACAAAAGAGCAUUAUUUUUGUGUUAUUUUACUCGUUUUACACAAAUGUUUAUAAAUACAAAUUUGGAAACGUUAGGCGCUUCUUUAGCAAUGGUUUUAUUUGCAUGGACACGGACUGAAUCUGUUAAAUAUUUUUCUGCAGCGCAAGCAAUAAUGUCGCUUCUAGCUUUUUUAAUUUAUGUUGGCUUCAUUAUGUUUAGAUUUGAUAGAUUUCUUCAUGAACGUUGCAAUGUAAUUACCUCAUUAUUCGCUUUAUUACUAUUUCAUAUAUUAACUUAUUCUUAUCCGUUUUUACCUGGACAUCUUACAACAUAUUCUAGUGAAGAUUAUCCAUUUAAUAGCACCGAUAUAGACGAUGAUGGUAGUAAUGAAGAAAUACAACACGUUGGGUGCGAUACUUCAAAAUUUUCUUGGUGCAAUUCUGUCCGUUCAAUAAAUCCAUUUUAUUUUUAUAUUUGCUAUAUUUUAUUUAUUGGACUAGCUUUUCCAAGUCUCAAUGUUUCUUUAAAUACUUUAUUUUCAAAAAUUAUUGGUCCUCGAAGACAAGGAUUUCAACAAGGAUUGUUACAAAUGGCUGGUGGGGCAGCUAGAAUGGUUGGACCUGUUGUUAUUAGGUACUUUUUUUGGAUUAAAAAUUUUUUUAAAUUUCGUUAA